AUGCUGGCCGGCAGGCUUCGCACGGCCUCACGGCGCGCGAACGCAGCCAGCUCGACCCGCUACAUCCAUCGUUUCCAAACUGGUGGCCUUCUGCAGGCAGAUGGCUCGAUUCGCGCCACACAGCGGCGAAUGUGGCUGGGCGAUAAUGCUUUUCACAAUGCAGUUGCCGUCAGGAAUGCGUCGUUCGCUCGAUUCUUACCGAAAUUGAUGUUGAAGUUCGUACGGAUUCCCGCCAUGUUCGGCGGGCUAGCGAUAGGAGCUUUUGCCUGGGUUCAGUAUCAAGCGAAUCAGGCCGGCGCGUACGCCAUCGAUAUCUUCCAUUCAACGAAGGACGCAGUUACAACCACAGCUUCGAGUCUUUUUGGUAGCGCGAAGGAAGUCGCGGAACAAACAUAUCAGGGUUGGGAGAAUACGAAGGAACAAAUCGAGCUUCCAGAGUGGUUGAAAAACCUGGUCCAGGCUUCUCAAGAAGCUACAACCUCUAGCGGCGGUGGUGGCGGUGGCGGCUCCAGUGGUAACAAUGACCCGAAGCACAGCAAGAUUGGAGCAGUCACCGCUGUUGGGGCUGCUGCAGCUAGUUAUGGGUAUGAAGGAGAAGGCGACUCAAAUUCGAGUGAGGAGGAUGCCAGAGACGACCAAAUGAUGGUCCUCACGAAAAAGAUGAUCGAGAUUCGGUCGAUACUACAAAAAGUCGGGCAGUCAAGCACACUUACCCUUCCAUCGAUUGUUGUCAUAGGGUCUCAGUCGUCAGGCAAAAGCUCAGUGUUAGAAGCUAUUGUUGGCCAUGAGUUUCUGCCCAAAGGCUCAAACAUGGUUACUCGCAGACCGAUCGAACUAACCCUCGUCAACACCCCUGGCUCUACGGAGGAGUAUGGAGAGUUCCCGGAUCUCGGCCUGAAGCACAUAAAUGACUUCUCGUCGAUUCAAAGAACUCUUACUGACCUCAAUCUGGCCGUCCCCGACUCCGAGUGCGUGUCUCACGAACCCAUACAGCUCACAAUUUACUCUCCGAAUGUCCCGGAUCUGUCGCUGAUCGAUUUGCCGGGCUAUAUCCAAGUGGUUGGUCAAAACCAGCCGCUACAACUGAAGCAGAAGAUCUCCGAACUUUGCGACAAAUACAUCCAGGCACCCAACGUCAUUCUCGCCAUCUCUGCUGCAGAUGUGGAUCUUGCCAACUCUACUGCUCUGCGGGCGUCGCGGCGAGUCGAUCCACGUGGUGAACGAACUAUCGGGGUAAUUACCAAGAUGGACCUCGUCGAUUCAGUGCGCGGGGCGGCGAUUCUCAAUGACAAGCAAUACCCACUUCGUCUUGGUUAUGUUGGUGUUGUGUCAAGAGCACCUCACUCCCAGGGCCUCUUCAAAAUGGGCUCGUCCAAUCUGCUGGCCACUAUUACAAAGAAUGAGAAUUCAUUCUUCUCGUCUCAUCCAAUGGAGUACGGGCCAGAGGCUGGAGUGAGCGUCGGGACAACAACCCUUCGGAAGAAGCUCAUGCAUGUGCUGGAGCAAACCAUGUCUUCCAGCUUGCAAAGCACAAGUGACGCUAUCCGCCAGGAACUUGAAGAAGCUACAUAUGAAUUCAAAGUGCAAUACAACGACCGGCCAUUAUCCGCGGAGUCAUAUCUGGCGGAGAGCUUGGAUGCUUUGAAGCACUCUUUCAAGCAAUUGACAGAGGAAUUCGGUCGUCCACAGAUGCAUGAGAUUCUAAAGAGCGAGUUAGAUCAGAAAGUGCUCGAUCUGCUUGCAGCGAGAUACUGGAACAAGCCAAUUACAGACCUGCUGCCUCCGCCCACCGAAACAAACAAGAUAGCGGAUCUGCCAAAAGCCGACGCUGACUCACUUUACUGGCGUCGCCAACUGGAUGCUUCGUCUUCAGCUUUAACAAAACUUGGUGUCGGAAGACUGGCAACCACCGUCGUUGCCACAGCGAUCCAAGACAACGUGGAAGCGCUUCUGGACCGAUCCAGCUUUUCCAAUCACCCAUUCGCGAGGAGUGCGAUUAUGGACGCCGCAUCAACGAUUUUGAAUGAGCGGUUUUACAGCACAAGCGAUCAGGUUGAAAAUUGCAUCAAGCCAUACAAAUUCGAAAUUGAUAUCGAGGAGCGAGAGUGGACUCAAGGCCGACAGCAUGUCAGCGAUAUAUUAAAGAAGGAACUAAAUGACUGCGAAACAGCGCUAUCAAGCCUUGAAACUACUGUCGGCGGACGGCGUAAACUACGGGAAGUCAUGUCGUUUGUUGACAAGGCUCGCAAGGGCGACGUUGUUGUGGAAGGUGAUGGACGCAGUGGCGCCGGUGGAUUUAGUGCUUCAUUGCUUAGCAAAGGACGUGAAGCGGUCUUCCUUCGUGACCGAGCUGACAUCAUCAAAUUGCGUCUUAUGGCUGUCAAGUCGAAGCAGUGCGCCAACCUGAAGAACAAAUACCAAUGUCCCGAAGUUUUUCUUGAUGCAGCAGCAUCUAAGCUUGCCUCCACGGCCGUUCUCUUCUUGAAUGUUGAACUGCUGUCGGAAUUCUAUUACAACUUUCCUCGGGAACUAGAUCUUCGCUUGGGCAAGCAUCUGUCAGACGCCGACGUGGAGAGAUUUGCCAAGGAGGACCCAAAGAUCCGCCGCCAUCUCGAAGUCAUUCGCAGAAAGGAGCUGCUGGAACUUGUUCUGGAGAAGAUGGAGAGCUUGAAGCAAUUGGAAGGCCUUGAGCGGGAGCGUCUCGCAUCCAAUCGCAAGAUUCCGAAGGAGCGAGGGCGGUGGGGGCUAUUCUAG